AAAAGGGACAGGUGAUUAGAGUCUAAGUACAAUCCGGCGCACACGUCGCCAUCACAGCAUAGGACACAAUCUUGCGCAUCCUUAACAGUUAACUGGAAACAUCGAACACUAUGAAAAUGAGGGUUUUGUUAAUACUGGCUUUUGUAGCUAUAGCAGCCUCAGCACCGCAGAAGCCUUCAGACCAAGUUAUAGCUAUACUUAAACAAGAAUUCGAUCAACAAGCAGAUGGAUCGUAUGUUUACAGCUAUGAGACGGAAAAUGGUAUAAAAGCCGAUGAAACUGGAAACUUAAAGAAAGCAUCUUCGCCUGAUAGCAAUGACGUAAUCGUAGCUCAAGGUUCAUUUAGCUACACCGCACCGGACGGCACUGUUAUAAAUCUUAGCUAUGUCGCCGAUGACGAAAAUGGUUUCAGACCCGAGGGUGCCCAUUUGCCUACACCUCCACCAAUACCGCCUGCAAUCCAGAAGGCUUUAGACUACAUCGCGUCUCUGCCACCUCCAGCACCUUCUAGAACUUAAAUCAUGAUGCUUCCAACAUUUUACGACGAUCCUUCGAUGACCUAAAGCGUUCCAUAAACUUGAUCGACGACGACCUACGCUUGUACCACUUACAAAACUUGCUUAUAUUUUAGGAUUUUAAUGUAAAUAACGUUCCAAAAUAUUGUUCAUAUAUUAUAAAAGCGGGUUUACGAAAUGGUACUAGAUAUCAUUAUAUACAAAGCAAUUAAAACAUAUAUAAAAAUGAAUGCUCAAUAAUUGAACUGUGAUAGUUAAGAUUUGCAUGGAAAGAAAAAAAACUGUACUUGUAAUUUUAUUUAUUUAUUAAAUAAACGCAAAAACAGUGCCAAAGAUGCAUUGCGGAUGAA